GGGAUUCACUGCGACGUGCUUGUCCUCGGAGACGUCACCGGGCGAGCGUCCGCCCGCCUCUCUGCGCUCGAUUAGUACGCCUGCUCCCUUUGCUGUUCCCCCUCGCCAUGGCGUCGUGUCUGUGCUCUCUCAGUAACAGAAAGUGGCCGCCUCUCCGCUGCUGCUGCCGACUCAAAGCUCGCACGGUCGCUCGCCAUUUUGGAGCCACACAACCGAGAGUCGGCAGCAGCGCCCGGAGAGACGGAAAAGCGGGGAUACGAAGCCGAGGCGCUUUCAGGUUUGCCUUAUCGCUUCAUUUGGGAUUAAGAAUGACAGAAUCUCUGACAGAGAAGUAAGCGUCCGCUGCGCAGAGGUGUGUGUCGCAUGGCGUCAUCACCGGGCAGGCUGGAUGUCGGGGCCCCAGGGACCGCUGAGCUGGCUAAGCCCCUCUACCUGCAGCAUUUGGAAAGGUCCUUGAGACUUGACAGCUUCCUGCGCCAGACCACCGCCAUCUUCAACGAAGAGAUAACCAGUGAUGAGAGCGAUGACAGCGAUGGGGUGUUGGAGGCGGGGCUUUCGUUGGACACCUCAACUCAACAUACAGCUUUGACGGGGAAGAGCGAGCCAUGUGAGCAAGGAGACUGUUUGGCAGAAGGCAAGCCUCUCAAUGGAAUUCUGCUACAAGGGAAAGACCAAAAGGCGGAUAAAGCAAACCUCUACAAUUUUUCCAAGCUGAAGAGGAACAGGAAAUGGCUUAAGAAUAUCCUGCUGAGCGAUGACACCACAGACUCGGACACAGACUCCGACGACUCCGACUUUAGUUUGUCUCGGGAGGAGCUCCACGAUAUGCUGAGGCUCCACCGCUUCACUCGGCAGCAUCAGACCAAAUUCCAGUCCGACCGAGAGCUUCAUCAGUACCAAUAUUACAGCACUGGGGUUCUCUCCUCUCAUGACUCCUUCUAUGAGCAACAGCGCCACCUGCUGGGUCCUAAGAAGAAGAAAAUCAAAGAUGAGAAGAAAUUCAAGGCCAAACUGAAAAAAGUGAAGAAGAAGAAGAAAAGGGGCGAGGGAGAAUUUCUGGAUGAGGGUCGUCCUUACGUCACCAAACUCUAUGCUAAGUUUUCCCAAGAUGCAACAUUGCCUAUGGUGAAGAAAAAACACCUGACCAUCGAGCAGCUGAACGUGCGGCGGCGCAAGGUCUGGCUCACCAUUGCCAAAAAGGAGAUCCCCAAGUCGUUCAAGCAGAAAACGUCUGCUAAGAAUCUCAUGUUGACCAACGCCAAAAAGCUGGCGCACCAGUGCAUGAGGGAGGUUCGACGGGCCGCCAUCCAGGCCCAGAAGAACUGUAAGGAAACGUUACCCCGCGCCCGACGCCUCACCAAGGAGAUGAUGCUUUACUGGAAAAAAUAUGACAAAGUGGAGAAGGAGCACAGAAAGAGGGCAGAGAAGGAGGCUCUGGAGCAGCGCAAAUUGGACGAGGAGAUGAAGGAGGCCAAACGCCAGCAGAGGAAACUGAACUUCCUCAUCACCCAGACGGAGCUAUAUGCUCAUUUCAUGAGUGGGAAAGCCAACACGGGGGCAUCUGGAGGAGACACAACACAGGAGGAAAUUCUAAGGAAUCUGGAAGACACUGCAACCCAGAGACACAUUGACACUGGGGGUGGUUUGAUGGUCAACAUGGGACAAGAAAACUACGAUAGUGAAUACUACAAGUCCCAAGCCUUGAGGAAUGCUAAGGAGGCUUACCAGAUCCAUCAGCAGAGGAAGCGGAUGUUUGAUGAAGAGGCUAAAGAUAGUCGCAGUGCAUCUCUGCACGCAGCUGACGGGCCGUCCUCCAUCAUCAGCUCUGGUUUUGGAGAGAGCUACAGUCUGUCCAACCCGUCCAUCCACGCGGGAGAGGACAUUCCUCAGCCCACAAUCUUCAGUGGCAAGCUCAAAGGCUACCAGCUCAAAGGCAUGAACUGGCUGGCCAAUCUCUACGAGCAGGGAAUCAAUGGAAUCCUGGCAGAUGAGAUGGGACUGGGGAAGACGGUGCAGAGUAUCGCAUUGUUGGCACAUCUGGCAGAGAGAGACAACAUCUGGGGUCCGUUCCUGAUCAUCUCUCCUGCUUCCACACUCAACAACUGGCAUCAGGAGUUCACUCGCUUUGUGCCCAAGUUCAAGGUGUUACCAUACUGGGGAAAUCCUCAUGAUCGGAAGGUGAUUCGGAAGUUUUGGAGCCAGAAAACGCUUUAUACCCAGAAUGCACCAUUCCACGUUGUCAUCACAAGCUACCAGCUCGUGGUCCAGGAUGUGAAGUACUUCCAGCGGGUCAAGUGGCAGUACAUGGUCCUGGACGAGGCCCAGGCACUCAAAAGCAGCACCAGUGUCCGGUGGAAAAUCCUGUUGCAGUUUCAGUGUCGCAACCGACUUCUGCUCACUGGGACGCCCAUCCAGAACACGAUGGCAGAGCUGUGGGCCCUGCUCCACUUCAUCAUGCCCACAUUGUUCGAUUCCCACGAAGAAUUUAAUGAGUGGUUCUCCAAGGACAUCGAGAGUCACGCCGAAAACAAGUCUGCCAUUGACGAGAACCAACUUUCCAGACUGCACAUGAUCCUUAAGCCGUUUAUGCUGCGCAGGAUCAAGAAGGAUGUGGAGAACGAGCUCUCCGACAAGAUUGAGAUCCUGACCUACUGCCAGCUGACGUCCCGACAGCGGCUACUCUACCAGGCUCUGAGGAACAAGAUCUCUAUUGAGGAUCUGCUCCAGUCCUCCAUGGGAACGGCGCAGCAGGCCCACAGCACCACCUCCUCCCUCAUGAACCUCGUCAUGCAGUUCAGGAAGGUUUGUAACCAUCCCGAUUUGUUUGAGCGCCAGGAGACUCGCUCUCCUUUCCACAUGUCCCUGAAACCUUUCGUCAUGUCUAAGUUUAUAUACCGACACGGGCUCAUCCGUUCACACAACAAGGUCAACAGCAGGUUGCUUCGUAUGUUGUCUCCGUUUGCUCCGCAUCACAUCCAGCAAUCUCUUUUUCACAGAAAAGCUGAUGACAAAGGAAGCUGUUUCUCCUUUCUGCGCUUCGUCAAUGUGUCUCCAGUGGAGAUGUUCAACCUCAUGCUGCAAGGUACCCUGGUCAGGUGGUUAGCCUUUUUUUUGUCACUUAAAGCCGCGUAUCGGCUCUACUAUCAGAGACUGUUUGGCCUUGAAGAUGAUUGGCAGGAAGAAGUCGGCGGGAAGACGCGUCCAAGGAGCAAGUGCCUGACCCGCGAGGACCUGAUUUUGUGGCCGGAUAGGCCGACAGCCUUUCCCAGUGCGCGCACCAGCCCCGUACUGCAGGAGCUGGUUUUCACCGCCUUCAGGCCUGGUGUGGUCGGACGAGCGGACGCGACGAUCCACAGCCGAAACUGUGCCACAUCCACACUGCGGCGCUGCCAGCCCACGCUACCCCCGAAGUUCCUGCUCGCUGCCACUACCAGGGUAACAGCAGUUCCGAUGGAGUGUUAUUGUGCCGACCGCAGUGCCGAAUAUGAGUGGCAGGUGACACGUGGCGGUGGCGGCACCGUCUUUAAGCAGUGUUUCCUCUACGGCUCCCCUGAACGUGCCACAGCUUGGUGCACCAGGGCCAAUAGCUUCCACGCGCAGUGCCCUGGGGGCGUGAUGGCGCUCUACCCUCGCCAUGGAUGGUCCUUCAUCCGGAUACCUGAUAAGGAGAGCCUGAUUACAGAAAGUGGCAAGCUGCACACCUUGGACAUCCUGUUGAGUCGUUUAAAGGCCCAGGGACACAGAGUUCUCAUCUACUCCCAGAUGACACGCAUGAUAGACCUGCUGGAGGAGUACAUGGUUUAUCGAAAGCACACCUACAUGAGGCUGGAUGGAUCCUCUAAGAUUUCAGAACGCAGAGACAUGGUGGCUGACUUCCAGAGCCGGACGGAUAUCUUUGUCUUUCUGCUCAGCACCAGGGCUGGUGGACUCGGCAUCAACCUGACUGCUGCCGACACUGUUGUCUUCUAUGACAGCGACUGGAACCCCACGGUGGACCAGCAGGCCAUGGACCGGGCUCACAGGCUCGGUCAGACCAAGCAGGUCACAGUCUACCGCCUCAUCUGCCAGGGCACCAUCGAGGAGCGGAUCCUGCAGCGGGCCAAAGAAAAGAGCGAGAUUCAAAGAGUGGUGAUCUCUGGGGGCAACUUCAAACCAGACACGCUAAAACCCAAAGAGGUGGUCAGCCUGCUGCUGGACGACGACGAGCUGGAGAAGAAGCUGCGGCAGCGACAAGAGGAGAAGAGGCAGCAGGAGGAGAGCAGCAAGGUGAAAGAGCGCAAGAGGAAGAGGGAGAAGUACGCCGAGAAGAAGAAAAAUGAGGAGUCUGAGAACAAGAGGAGAAAGGAGGUGAACCUGGUCAUCUCUCACGCCCCCUCAGCUGACAACUCCAACCUGUCUGCUGAUGGCGACGACUCCUUCAUCAGCGUGGAGAUGGACUCAGCCAUGCCCAGUCCCUUCAGCGAGAUCUCACUGAGCAGCGAGCUCCAGCCGCCAGAUGCCGACGAGAGCAGCAGCGAUAUGCUGGUCAUCGUGGAUGACUCCGCUCCUCAAUCUCGCGCCACCAACUCCCCGGCCUCCGUGUCCGGAUCGGUUUCUGACAACAUGAACUGUGUUUCAGCAUCGGACACAAUCGGUUCUGGCAGCGGCAGAUCUGGGCGGAGUCGGGGGCGGCCUAAAGGAUCAGGAGGCGGGCCUAAAUCAGGCGGGAAAGGACGCGGGCGUAAGUCAGCGGCGGGCAGUGCGGCAGCUAUGGCAGGAGCGAAGGCGGGGGCAGCAGCUGCAUCAGCAGCAGCUUACGCUGCUUACGGCUACAGCGUUACUAAAGGCCUCUCUGCAGCCAGCCCCCUGCAGCCUACUCUGGGCCGGUCUGCUUCAAGCCCCGCCUUCAACCCAAACACAAGCUCCUCCCCACAAUCGAAAGGCACCUCCACACCAAGUCCCCACAAACAGCUGGGCCACCACCACGGUAGCCACGGUGCGAUCAGGAAGGGCAAAGGUCCCGGCGGACCAGGAGCACGAUAACAUUCAUACACACAAAUGAGACCUGGUCCAACUGUGACCCCUCCCCAAAAAAAAAACACACACACUCUUCAACAUACAGACCACCACACUCCCGGCCCACCUAAGCAUGUCUUGCAUUAGUCGUGAUUGGCUGGUCAGCGAACAGAAACCCGCCAUUCUAAGAACACAGUGUGCCGACCUUCACCACAGUAAGCCCUUUGAUUUGCUGCAGAGCCUCGAUGUCACAACGAAAACGCAAAGGAACGCGCGAAAGGCUGAAAGGGCUUUGAAAUUUCCACGUUGCCAGAACUGCACCGCAAACCAUCUUCGCAUUGCGUGCAUUGAGCCACGUCUUCCAUUCGCCGUAAAAAAAAAGAAAGAAAUUCUUCUAUGUACAAUAGGUUAUUUAAUGUUACCAUAGUAACGCUCAGUGCGGCUUGAUAAUGCGUUUCACUAACCUACUAAAACUCAUUCAUUACCAGCUUUUCUACUAAAGCUUUUAUUUUUGUAGUGAAAGAUGAGUGCUCACUCCAACAUGGCAACAUGGCAGGUCUUAAAAAAAAAACAAGCUCCUUAAAUUGUAUAACAGCACAGUUGGAAAUGAAAAGUUAUUUUUCUGGCCAGAGAAGAUGAAUCAAUGAACACUGUAAAAUAUAUAUAUAUAUAUAUAAAAAAAUGUAUCUAUAUAUUCCAAAAUGAAGGGUCCUGGCUGAUAUGAUGCUGCUAAUGUAACUUUUUAAGUUAAUUUUGACUUACUUGGGUGUCUAAUGCUUAAGUUAUACCAGUUAAGUUGAACAUAAGUGAAUUGUGGAAGUCGUGCAUGAAAUGUUCAUGUGUAAAUCACUGUAAAUGAUCAUUUUUAUUUUUUAAAGAGUCAGUUUCUGUGAUUAGAUGUCUGGUUCUGUUUUUGGAAAAAAGCCUGCAUCAGUGAGCACUAACGUGUUUGUCAUUAAAAUGUUCUAUAUUUUAUAUAAC